UUCCAAAUUGAAAACAUUCAGUAUUCGCAACACACCAUUGACCAAACAACAAUCAUGGGCAUCUCGUGCGGCGCCACUCUCAUCAAGUAUCUCCUCUUCCUCUUCAACGUCAUUUGGCUCCUGUUGGGCGGAGUCAUUCUGUGGCUCGGCUUCAAGAUCGCGCUGUGGGGCGGCGACUUGAAGGAGAUCUGGAGCUCCAACCUCCAGACCGGCGCCAUUGUUGUGCUCGCGGCCGGCUUCCUCAUCUUCAUCCUGGCCUUUCUCGGCUGCUGCGGCGCCAUCAAGCAGAACUCUUGCAUGCUCACCACCUACGGCGCCUUGAUCCUCCUUCUGGUCGUGCUGCAGUGCGUCGGCGCGUAUUUCGCGUUCGCCAACAAGGGAAAGUUGGAGGGCGAGUUCACGAAGGCGUUGACGGACCAGUUCCACAAGUGGAACGGCAGCCAAGACAAGGACGUGCAGCGCUCCAUCCAAUUGGUGCAGCAGACGUUCCAGUGCUGCGGCAUCACCGACUACGCGCACGAGUACGGCGCGGACGUGCCCUCCAGCUGUUGCGACGCCUACACG